UACAAACGUUAGGAACGCAGGAGAUCGAAAGAGAGAGAGAGAGAGAGAGAGAGAGAGAGAGAGCGCGAGGUGAACGACGUGUAUGACUGGGCAAUCAGCUGGAUCAGCGUCUGCGCCGGCCACUUCUCUGCAUGCGCUCUAGAUCGACAGCGAGAUAGCGAGAAAAAAAGAGAGAGACCGCGCGCGGGAGAGAAAGAGAAAGAGAGACUCAUCACUCUCAUCAUUACUACAUAGUCGAGCAGGAAUCACACAAUACUACCCGGACCAUAAACAACGCGUGAAUCCCCCCCCCGCUCUAUCUGCUCGAACUGCACGCCGUCAUGGAUGCAACCAACGUUAGCAGCGACUACGGCGUCGCCAUGACGACGUCGGCCGCCGACGUCGAGUGUCGCUCGUGCUGGGUGAACAGCGUCGCCAGCAUCGUCGUCAUAGCAACGAUCGUGCUCAGCAUCGGACUUAACGUGCCGGUGAUCGUCGCCGUGUGGACGAUGAAGCCGCGCCGGGCUUCCUACCUCUUCGUCGGCAACCUGGCCGUAGCCGACGCGCUCGUCGGCGUCGUGCUCAUCCUGCAGCUGCUGCCGGCGCCCAGCGUUAAAUACCAGUGCCUCGUCGUCGUCUCGCUCUUCCUGCUCUCGUGGGUGUGCUCGUUCGUCGGCACGCUCUUCAUCGCCGUCGACCGGCAUCUCGUCGUCCUGCGUCCGCUGCGUCACAAGGUCAUCCUGCGGUCGAGUCGAGUCGUCAAGCUACUCGUCGCGAUGUGGGCGCUGGCGGCCGUCUGGUCGCUGCUGCCCGUUGUCGGCGUUAACCUCUGGUACGACGGCGCGCAGUGCAACUUCUCGAUGCUGCCGCCGUGGUACGUCGUCGCCACGGCGUCCAGCUACGUCGGCAUGGCCGUCGUCACGGGUGCGCUGUACGUGAGUCUGUUUUACCGCUACCGGCGCGAUCGGCAGACGAUGAACAGAUUGUUUCAGCGCAGCGUCAGCAUGGAGGCCGAACGCGCGCAGAGCGUCAACCUCGCCAAGGCGCUCCUUCUCGUCACCGGCGUCUUCCUGCUCUGCUGGAGUCCCUUCACCGUGAUGUCGGUGGUGACAUCUGUCGGACUCACGAGUAGUUAUUACGAUUGGAUCUCGACGCCGAUCGUCUGGGAGCGAGUGUCCGUGGCUUACGUUCUUAGUUACUCGCUCGCCAUCAGUAACUCGGUGAUUAACCCUUGCCUGUACGCGUGGAAGAUGAACGCCAUUCGCGAGUCGUUCGUUGCCACGGCGCGGCGCUGCUGUCGCAAGCCGCCGAGAAAUGCCGAGUUUCAUCCGAGAGAAUGCAAGACAAUCGAAAGCGUCCUCUAGUGGGAAGAUGCAGCAUCGUGCGGCAGGCGCACUGAACAGAACUAGGCUGCUGCUUUAUUGACGUUGUUGUAGUUGUUGUUGUUGUUGUUGUUAUUGUUAUUGUUAUUGUUAUUGUUAUUGUUAUUGUUAU